CCAGCUGCAUUUUUCUUUAAUUUUUUUUUUAGAUGUGUUUUGUGUAUGUGAAUGUUGCACCUACGUGUAUGUGUGUGUACCAUGAGUGUGCCUGGUACUCAUGGAAGUCAAGAGAGUUGGAGUCACAGGCACUGUAAUUAAUGAAUGUUGUGAACCACCAUGUGGGUGCUGGGAAUCGAACCCGGAUUCUCUGCAACAGAGAUGGGUGCUCUUAACUGCUGAACCGCCUCUCCAGCCCUUCAGCUGCAUUGUUUUGUGUUUUCGUUUUGGGCAUCCGAAAGGGGCCGAAGCUGAGGUGGCCUCCUUGAACCGUAGGAUCCAGCUGGUUGAAGAGGAGCUGGACCGUGCUCAAGAGCGUCUUGCUACUGCCCUGCAGAAGCUAGAGGAAGCAGAAAAAGCUGCUGAUGAGAGUGAGAGAGGUAUGAAAGUGAUUGAAAACCGAGCUCUAAAAGAUGAAGAAAAGAUGGAACUCCAGGAAAUCCAGCUAAAGGAAGCGAAGCACAUUGCAGAAGAGGCAGACAGGAAGUAUGAAGAGGUGGCUCGUAAGUUGGUGAUUAUUGAAGGAGACUUGGAACGCACCGAGGAACGAGCGGAGCUGGCAGAGUCUAAGUGUUCUGAGCUGGAGGAGGAGCUGAAGAAUGUCACCAACAACCUCAAGUCUCUUGAGGCUCAGGCGGAGAAGUACUCUCAAAAAGAAGACAAGUAUGAAGAGGAAAUAAAGAUUCUUACUGAUAAACUUAAGGAGGCAGAGACCCGUGCUGAGUUUGCUGAAAGAUCGGUAGCCAAACUGGAGAAGACCAUCGAUGACUUGGAAGACGAGCUCUAUGCCCAGAAACUGAAGUACAAGGCCAUUAGCGACGAGCUGGACCACGCCCUCAAUGACAUGACCUCUAUAUAAGCUGAAGUGCACCAAAGAGGAGCACCUCUGUACACAAAGGAUGCUGGACCAGACCCUGCUGGACCUGAAUGAGAUGUAGAACACCCCCAGUCCCUGCCCUGCGGCCGCUCCUCCCUCUGACCCUGACUCCGCCUGAGGCCAGCCUGCCUGAAGCUGACCUUGAAACUGAGGGCUGAUCUUUUUAACUGAAGGCUGCUUUCCUGCCACCAACCCCCACCCCAUGUCUUUUUCAUAAAACUGUGUCAGCCUCUUCCCAGAGUUCCAGCUGGAGGGGCUGAGCACCUUUGGAAACAAUAUUUAAGGGAAUGUGAGCACAAUGCAAAGUGUCUUCAGGGCACUUGUGAUAUGCACAUUGUGAUUACUCUUUGUCUUAGCAACCAUUUGUAACAUUCCAAGCGCUUCCACAGCUUGGAGCAGCAAGCCAGUUCCUUUUCACUGUUGGAAGGUGACAUUUCGGCCUAAUGGAUACUGCUGUCUUCAUAGAGGAGGAACACAGGACUGGGCCUGCCUUGCUGAUGGCCAGCAGAGCCCAGGCAGGCUCCACUGUGGAAAACCUCAGUUCUCUGUACCAAGUUCUAGCCAAAUGACAGGGGAUUGAUUCUAGGAAGUUAGCCAAAAAACAAAAACUUCUUCCGGGCUGUGAAGGUUUUCAGCUUUGAUGUCUUUGAACAACUUUAAUCUUGUUUUUAUUCUUUACUUUUUCCAUCAGAUGUGACCAAAUAAGACGGUGAGACGUCUGAGGCACCCCCCCUCCCAGGGCCUUGUGCAUGUUAGGCAAGCGUGCUCUUGUGAAGCCCCCGCCCUGAGACCAAGCUUGUCUCACCGUGCCCCCCCCUUUCCUGACUGCUCACAAAAUGGAUCAUGUUGCCCCUUAGUGUCAGGUGACUACCUAGUGUUCAUCUGCCCCGAGGGAGAAAGCAAAGGAAAAUGCUGUCCGUGCCACUGAAGUAGCUACGCGAAAGUCAUCUCAUUGUCCUUUCCUGAAGCUGCUGUCUCUAAAAGUGCCAUCUCAUUGUGCUCUGUGUCAGUCAGUGCUGGAGAAAUCUUGAAUAGCUCAUGUAAAAAAACUUUUUAAAAUUUUAUAUUAUUUUGAAAUUUUGCUUUUGGGGGGUUGGGUUAUCUUGAUCAACCCAUUGGCUGUGAGAAUUGUUGCAGUCCGUGGGCUGGUGGUGUGCCGAUCUUUCUAGUGUCCCCACCCAAUUGCCAUGUCCAGGCGGUCUCUUCAAGGCCUCUCAGGUGGACACGCUGCAGCUUACUGGCUUAUUUGUACUCUCCUCUCUCGGGAGAAAGAACCCCAUAGUGCAACUGUUUUGAUACUGAAUAUCAACAAGUGACAUUUUGAAAUAAAGAACCAGUCCCUCCACCCUCA